UUAUAGUAUCUUUGGUGUUUGGCGUUUAUGGAGCCGAGAAUAUACGUUAUUUACAAAUUUGUUUGCUAAAAUUGCCUAAUUUGGCUGGAAACAGUGUUUUUAAUAAGUGUUUACAAUCAUACGUGCUAAUAGCCUGAUUGUGGAAAGUCACCAGUUUCGCUCGUAGACGUUUUAGUGACGUGAAGCUUUGUGGCGUCUACCGGCAAGAAGAUUAGACAAGGUGCUGACAUGAAUGGUGUGAGAGCUGGAGACUGGGUGUGCCCAGAUCCAAGCUGUGGCAAUUUGAACUUCGCACGUCGAACAGCUUGCAACAGAUGUGAAAGAGAGAGAGAUGGUGGACCAGGGGGAGGAAGCAGCAGCAGGAGACGGAGGGGUGCUGCACCUGAAAUAGGACGAGCUGCUGCUGAAAAGAGUCGUGGCCUAUUUAGUGCUGAUGACUGGCAAUGUGGCAAAUGUGGAAAUGUAAAUUGGGCUCGCCGCACUGCUUGCAACAUGUGUUCUGCUCCACGUGUAGCUGAUGAAGCUGAAGAACGCACUGGUCUUGGAGGCGGUUACAAUGACCGUGAUGUAGUUGAGUAUGUAGAGCGUGACAGCGAUUCAGAUGGUUAUGAUGAAUUUGGACGUCGUAAGCGCAAGCGCAGGGGAUCCAAUAGAGAUUCCGACAAAGGACGCAGUCGUAGUCCUCAAGAGGAGGAAGACAGACACAAAAAAGGUGAUGAUGAAGAGGAAGAGGAGGAGGAGGAAGAAGAUGAUGAUGAAGAAGAAGAAUCUGGAGAUGAAGGGGACUUAAGUAAAUACGACCUAAGUGAUUGGGGUGUAGACUCCAAGAGGAAGUCACGCUCACGUUCCCGCUCACAUACGCCUGGGCCUCCAAAGAGAAAGAGCCCUGGACGAUCUCGCUCCAGGAGUCCAAUCAAAUCCUCUGAAUCAGUGAAGUGAAGUGUUCCUCUUUGAUACUGUACAGUCUGCAGGAGACUGUGUUCACUGUCUAUACGAGCAGAGGGUUGCAUAGAAUGUUUGUUUCUGGACAAGAUUCAACUUUUAGGUUACAAGAGGUAGUCUUAUUCAGUCUCAUAUUCUGCUUAUUCUGUGAGCAUUCCAUUUUUCUUUUCCCAGAAAUUAGCCAUUGUUAAUUAUUGUUUGGCUUAUGGACUGCAGGAUACUGACUCUCUAUUCUCAUUGCUCAUCUGAAAGCAUUGCAUCUGUUAAAAUGUUAGAGAAAUUGUAAUUAUGUUUUAUUGUUGAUUAUGGAUAGAACCACUUGUUCUAGUUCGGCACCAUUCUUCAUGUGGAGGGCUUAAUGAGAAUAACAAUGCAUGGAAGAAAAUUUAUUUCCAAAGACAUCAUCUCAAAUCCUUCUCAGCCUGAAGGCACUGUGUACUCUGUAAAUAAAUGUACAACCAAUGAUGAACUGUCAGUAUGUUUAAUGAUGAAAUAAUGUGGCGUAAAUUUGAAAAAUCAAGUGCCACUCAGUGUUUUUGUAAUAAAUUUUUAUUUGUAGCAUUAAAUGCUUGUUGGCAUUUCGCUUCUUUUACCUGACGGUCAUUGGUAUAUUGUGAUUUGCUGUCAUAUUUUGUAGUUUAGAAUGCAUCAUUUCUGUUGUAUGCUUCUGAAACGAACUGAUGUAUAAGAAAGAUUGUAUCUAUAUCAAAUAAAUGUGUAUGUGUUGUGAGGAGGAACAAUGAAUGGUGUUAGUUGUUCCCAUUAUUUUUAUUAAAUCUUUGAGCACAUUUUUCAGAAUUUUUGACUUUUCACCCAAAAUAUUUUAUGGAAUAGACCAUUUAAUGAUCUAUCUGUACCUACACAAUGACUUUGCAGAUAAUGGUGUAAUGUGAGAACUGUUGUUGUAAUAAAUCUUACAUUUUUUGUAAUGUAGUAGAAUAAAUAAUAAACUAUAAUAUAUACUGUACAAGUUAAAGUUAUCUGGACUUUGAAUCAAACUACAUGUCAUACAAUUACGAAGCAUCCCAGGUAAUUCCUUUUGUGAG